GCCAAGAGCAAGAACCGCCGCAGGAAGAUCAUCAACAUGGUGUCAGUGGAGCCACACCGGCACGAGGGUGUCUUCAUCUACCGCGGGGCAGAGGACGCGCUGGUUACGCUCAACAUGGUGCCUGGCCAGUCGGUGUACGGCGAGCGGCGGGUCACGGUGACUGAGGGUGGUAAUAAGCUGGAGUACCGCACGUGGAACCCCUUCCGCUCCAAGCUGGCCGCUGCCAUCCUCGGAGGGGUCGACCAGAUCCAUAUCAAGCCCAAGUCCAAAGUGCUGUACCUGGGCGCUGCGUCGGGGACCACUGUCUCCCAUGUCUCCGACAUCAUUGGCCCCGAUGGUCUGGUGUACGCUGUGGAGUUCUCCCACCGUGCGGGCCGCGAUCUGGUCAAUGUGGCUAAGAAGCGAACCAACAUUAUCCCUGUUCUCGAAGAUGCCCGACACCCACUCAAGUACCGAAUGCUCAUCGGGAUGGUGGACGUAAUCUUUGCUGACGUGGCCCAGCCAGACCAGUCCCGCAUCGUAGCUCUAAAUGCCCAUACCUUUCUGCGCAACGGAGGCCACUUUCUCAUUUCCAUCAAGGCCAACUGCAUCGACUCCACUGCUUCUGCUGAAGCUGUGUUUGCUUCUGAGGUGAGGAAGUUGCAACAGGAGAAUUUAAAGCCUCAAGAGCAGCUGACCCUGGAGCCCUAUGAGCGGGACCACGCUGUGGUCAUUGGCGUCUACCGGCCCCUUCCCAAGAGCAGCAGCAAAUAGCACUCAGUUCCACCUGGCCCUGAGCUCUGCCACAGCCCAGCCGUGCUCAGUGUUAAUAUGUAUGUGUUUUCUUUGUGUGGUGUUUUCCUUUCUUUUCUAUUAAAUGGCAUACAGAAACGGAUUUCGGGUGUACUGGUGAGGUCAGACUAGGUUUUGGUACUGUAACAUCAACCCCGAAAUCCCAGUGACCUAAAACAGCUGGUAGUAUGGGUCCAUGGGAUAACAGCUUGGGAGCUAUAUUUAAUCUAAUUACUCACUCAUUCUGUAGGGCCCCGGCUCCCCAAGGCCCCUUUUCCAUGCUUCCUCAUCACAGACCAGGGGACAGAGAACUGAAAGAUUGCUAAUAAGUUUGUAAAGUGCCUGGUGGAAAUGUGGGGGGACUUCCAUUUACAUUGUCCAAAUCCUAUGACCAGGCAUGACCGACCCAGACUCCUGGGAGUGGUGUGGAAUACUAAUGGACUGUCAUAAAGUCUAAAACAGCCAAGCUGUCUGACCCCAAGUCAGAAUCUACACCAGGAUAAAUAUUUAGCAGUUUAUUCUUCUGCUGAGCCUUUUUGCAUUCCCCAGUAUUUGUAAUCCACACACCAUCCCUGAGUUGGCUCUUUUUAUUUCCCCCCUGCCAUUUCUCUUUUAUAUGCAAAGUAACAGGGCUUCUGAAGGUAACUGGUUGUCCAAGUGUACCUGGCCAGUAAGGAACUUUAAGAGCCAGUUAGGAGCUCUAAAUGCUCUACCGUUUCCUCUACACCAGUGGCAUGUUCCUUCCCCACACUGCCCAUGUAGAACAGACUUGCGUCACAACACAAGGAUACACACCAAUCAGUUCCACAUGGCUUCCUUGUCUUCUUUUUCCCACCCCUCUGCACUACCCUUCCUUAGAUUUCAAAAUAGAAAACAAGGCGGGAGGUAAUAUGUGAAUCCAUCUCAUACACUAUUCCUACCACAAAGCAUGCCAUACCCAAAGAGGCAUCACUGUGUCUGAGAAACAACCAGAAGAAAUGCCCUCCCUACCCCACCCCCACCAAAGGAACCAUCUCUGAAGGGUAUUUUCUGCAGAACAUGGGUUGUUGAAUUCAGUGCAUUCAAUUCUGAAAAGGAAUAGAAGAACGAGAAUUUUGAGAACUGGAAAUAUAGUAAAACCAGGCCCUAACAAGGUCCUUCAUUUAGCCCUUCACUUGUAUAUUGAAAACAUCUGGGUUGCCCAUUACCAAUAUCAUCAACAGCCUGAGAAUGAUUGCUCCCUGAUAGAUUCUUGGGAAGGUGGGUAUGUUCUCCUAAGUUGUGCUUGGGUAGAGAUUGGGGUUUGUCUGCAUUUUUUUUUU